AUGUCGUCGAAGCGCCAACUUGCUACUCACGAUGGCGCAGAUAACCCGAUCGCAAAACGACAACACCUAGAACUCUUUCCAGACAGCACAAGCUCAACUUUAGAUGGUUCUACUACUGGCGAGAAGGCAAAUUCUGGAUGGUGCAUUGAUUAUACGGAUACCAGUUCUCCAAGCAAUCGAUCGAGUGAACCCCAACCAAUAUGCUUCGGUACACUUUGUGAAGUUCAUGUCAAACCGACUGACUUUCUGAACGCUGGAUCUGCCCUACAACCUAACGCAAAUCAAUGCCUGGAGACUGGAGCCUCAGAAUUUUUCCUACUCGACAUUUACUUGCAAGAGAGUACCUACGGUUUCGCAAUACCUAACGCAAACACGUUUGUGAUGAUUGACCUUAUCACGGCAGAGAAACUGAAUAUUCUUGAAGAAACGUCGGUUUUCACUAAAGCCGUAGUUGAGGCCAGAAUUUUGCGCCAGCUCUCAAGGACGGCAAAGAAGUCUUUUGAAAUAUCCGUGAAUAUAUAUGGGCGGGAGUUAGAUGCUCGUGAUAUCGGACAGCAACUAUCUAAAGUUGGAGCGUUCUUGCAGCACCCAUUUUACCUCGAGGACGGUGUGGAAUACCUAAAUCCGCAGUUCUUUGAUCUUGAAGACGGACCAAGGUACAUGACCCAUUUGGUUGGUAUGGACGAUUCCAAAUUUCAAGCCAAGAAAUUCUCAGACGCCGUGGAAGUUUCAUGGACUUCUCUCGACCAUGGCAUGCCAGCCUUGGCUAUCAAUGAUCUGGAUAUCAUUGUAACAGAUGAUCUCAUAACUCCCCUACAGGACCACCAGAAAGUUGCUUUAUUGUUCAUCCAACGCCGCGAAAAUUCCGAAUACUGCCAGCAGGUUGCUAGGGAGCUUCUGUUCCAUACCCGUAUCGCGUCACACAACGCGAUCCCAACAUUUGCACUAGGUGGAAUAUUGGCAGAUGUAAUGGGUCUGGGUAAAACACUCACGAUUCUAGUUUCAAUUCAUCUUGCGAGACUCGCAGCGGAGAAUUUCCAAAUUGUCAACACUGCCGUUGGCAUGGACCAGCCGAACUAUCCUCGGACAAGCGCAACGCUAGUAGUCGUUACAUCAACCCGUGAGUUUCCUAGCCGACAGACAAAUGGACAUCCCUCAUUGACUAGGCAUCUAAAGAGGUUAUGGAGGUCUGGCGAUCUGAAGUUUCAAGGUAAAGAGUUGGUACCCUGA